ACAGGAAAUGUGAACACGUCACACGACUGCUGUGGUCAAAGCUACAGGAGCUGUUUGAGGUUGGUGUAAAAGGAAGGAAGCACAGAGAGGUGAUAGAAGGAGGAGCUGAAUAUAAACUCUGGUCUUAUCUACAUUAAGUGCAGCUUCUCUUUGUUCUGCAUUUAUUAUCAAUGCAAAGUCGAACACUUUGAGAUUAGAUGCAGAUCAGCGUGCAGGGCUGGACGUGAGGAUGGGGCACUCUUUGCUCUGUUUGCUGGGGUUAUUCUUGCUCAGUACAGUCAUCCAUGGAAACACUGAAGGCGGUAAAAUGAAGGCCACUCUGACAGCAGACAGAACAACCAUACCAGCAGGGGGCAGUGUGACACUGACCUGUGAUGUGGAUGUGAGGUACUCUGGUGAAGUAGAAUAUCAGUGGUUCAGAGAAACGACAUCGGAAAAAAAGUACACGUUGGCAGCUGAAUCAAACAGAGUUCUUGUCAUCGCUAUUGCUUCACGAGGGACAUACAACUGCAGAGGACGUAUAACAGCAACUAAUUUACUUACAGAAGAAAGUGACUCAGUCAUCAUUCAGGAAACUGAACGUGAAAAUGUCCCUCUGACAACAGACAACACAACCAUACCAGCAGGGGGCAGUGUGACACUGAUCUGUGAUGUGAAACACUCUACUGGAUUAAACUAUGAGUGGGUCAGAGAAACCUCAUCUGCAGUGAAGUCCACAGAAGCUGUUGGAUCAGAUAAAGUGAUCAGGAUCUCUAAAGGAGGAAAAUACCAAUGCAGAGGAUGGAGAACAGACACAAACUCACUCAUAGCACAAAGUGAUCCAGUCAUCAUUCAGGAAACUGAUGCUGUGCUAACUAUUGAACCCAGCUGGUCCAGUUUUUUCAUCGGAGAGUUUGUUACCUUCAAAUGUGACAUGAAUGAAGGAAACGACACUGACUGGUGACAGUGGUGAAUAUCAGUGUUCUGGUCUCAGGAUGGGAUCAUCUUAUACAAAGAACAGUAACACCGUCUCUGUAACUGUAUCAGCAGAUAAACCCAGGGCCACACUGACAGCAAGAACAACAAUC